AUGCCCUCUCAGGUUCCCAAUGAAACUGAUGAUCAUUUUACGAGGUGGCUUAAAUCUCGCGCUAUCAUACAAAGGACAGUAUCGACAAGAGAGUGCUUUGACUCCGAAGUGUUUCUGGCCUCUGGUGGCUGGAAUAUAAUAAACGAGAUGGUAACGUUAAAAAAAUAUUAUCAACUCAAAUGGCCAAAUUUAAGUUGCAAUUCGUUUCACCCAAAGACUGUGGAGUUCAUUAAGGAUCGGUUACACAGCCUAGAAGAACACGACUCUUCAUGGAAAAUCCCGAAUCCUGCUCACUCAUCCAAAGAAACAUUCCUGGAGGAUAUCAAAUCUGCAUUUUCCAACUUAGAACCCGUCUGGGGGCCGUCAAGGCUUUUAAAUCCAGCUGAAUUACUGUUGCCACAGGACGAAAAAUUACUUGUUCAAGAGAUACCACUAGAAUUUGCGCCUUUUCAAUACACGAAUAGGUUUGCUUAUGGUGGUUUGCAAUUCAAAAACAACUUAUUCGUUACAUAUGGGAGUUAUUCAUUCUUGGCUGCUGGUCAAUGUGUUGAAGUUCAUAAUUUCGAUGUACUAUUGAACGUUUCAUCAUUGGAAAUAUGUCAUGCUCUGUUGCCCGUGAUAAUACCAGAUGACGGAGACGCAAGAAAUUUCCGUAAUUCUUCAUAUGUGAAAUUCAAGGAUACACAAUUCAACAGCAUCCCUGAACUAUCCUCUAUCAACUUUCUGAAGAUCUGUAACUUCAUGCAUCAAGAUUUUCUACUGGCGUGUGGUGAUAAUGGGAUCGUUUAUAUCUGGGAAAUUAACAAAGUUAUUAAGAUAUUUAAUAAAUUUACUUCGGAUAUCUUGGGAGGCAAAGAUAACAGUCGAGAAAGAUACAUUAAUGUUGAUCCGUAUAUGGUGUUAAGAGUAGAGGAAUCUUGUUGGAGUGUUGAUGUAAUAGACACAAAUGGCAUCAUAUAUAUCGCUGUUGGGCAUAACAAACCUGGCGUUACCGUAUUUGCAUUCGAUAAAGAUGUGAAGAAGGAAAGAAGAUACAUUCGGCCUCUAGAUCUUCCUUCAUCUCAUAACGUUCCUUGUGUUAGCUUUGUUCCUAAUUCAAAGGAUUCUACUGGAUAUAUUACAUUAAGUUACUGUUCUAUAUUUGGAAAUGUUGUUACCGUUAAAUUAAAGGAGCAUGACUGUAUAAUUUUAACGAGCUUUCUUGAUACUCAAUUUUUUGGCGACGACUUGUGGACAAUAACUCCCCUGACUAAAAAAGAUUUUAUGAAAGUUGACAAUUUUGAAUCAUUGAACCUCAACUACCAAGACGGUUUCAAAGAAAGUAUGUUAUAUUCUAUUUGCCGAGAUGAUUUUUUACUCGGAUAUUACUGUGAUAAUACUUAUCUUUCGGGGAAUUUUGGCAUUGGUACAUUACUCAAUCAGUUCCAGGUUCCUGUAACAGAUUUACGGCUGACUUCCUCGGAAGGGAUCCCAGAUGAAGUUAUACCAUUGAGGUUUACCUCAUUUGAUAGAAAUUAUACUACAACGGGCUCAAUAAAAUACGAGUACAGUAGAGAGGAAUUUGCACUUAUUCUACAUGCCGGUGACUUAGACGAUAUGAACGAUGCAGUAACGAAAAACACUACAUGUGAACAACAUUUACAACAAUGGACGUUUUGGGACGAUUCUGGUUAUAAACAUUAUCGUGCUACCGACCGUGGAUUUUCGAAGUACAAGGAAAUUAUCAAUACUUUCCCACAACUGAUAACGCCCAGUGGAAGAAAUAAACCUUCGCAAUACCAAAAUGCUUCUGGCAGAAAGAUCUGCGAGCCGUUUACUUAUAAGCUUACUGAUCUAGAAAAUGAUAUCGAAGAUAUAUCUAGCGAAUUUAAUAGAAGUAUCCGCAAUCUGAAAAUGGACAAGCAAAGACAACUGCAAACUUCUAAAGAGUUUAAAUCGCUAAGUUCAGUAAACCAUUUACCAAUCAUUGAAUCGGGCAACUUUUUAUGGUACGACACUGAUGCCGCAGCCGAUUGGAGAACACUUUUUGGCAAGGAUUUGAACACAGUCUUGAAGAACCCAGAAAUUUGUAGCCUUCAACUGAACUCUACAGAAGAGAAUGAGGUCAACAGCGACCCUGAAAAUGAAGAAACGGGCAGCAACUUAACAAGUUUCGAGCGGAGGUACAGGGAUACUGAACAACGUGCUCACCUGAAAUCAGAGUCGCAGAAAUCUUGGGGGUUCCAUAACUAUGUAAGAAACGUGAAGCGGUUAUUGGAGUCAGUGGUACCAGGCUCAGAAGAUUCACCCCUUGGAUAUCAACUAUCCGAAAUGCAUGACGAGUUCUUCUUCCUAUCCACGGCCCAUAGGUUGGUAUUAAUGAAAGCAAAUCCACUUAUAAUUACGUCAGCAACACAUCAUGAGAUUUUCCCGCUGGAUGGUGUCGUGACAUGUACCUCGAAGUCGCUGCUGCAAGCAUUAAACAGAAUAAAUUUUGUGUGUCACAUUAAGGAACUCAAUUGUAUAGCUGUAGCCUCACAACUGGGUCUCAUUUCAUUACUAAGAUUAACGGAGUACAGAGGCAUCUAUUCGUUUAGACAAGAGUAUAUUCUUGGAUGGGAAGUUCAAGACCCUGUUAACCCUAGGCCAGAGUGCAGAUGUAACAGGAACUUGUUUGACGCACCAAUGUACGGUGUGGAUGGAGAGAGCUCAGACAUAUACUGCGGUGUGUGCGACGUCUAUUUUCCCAUGGGUGAUAUUUGCGGUCUAGAUUACACUUACACAGCUAACGACGAAGAGUUAAAACGUAAGGGAUAUGCCACCCUAUAUGUAGCCUCGAGAGGCUCUUUAAGGGCAUUUAAGAUCACAACUGAGCAUGACGCAACUUUAUUAUAG